AUGUCGCGAAGGUACCACAAAUGUCUUAGGUUGCACCCAAAACACAAGUGGGAUGAGGCUCCGUUUGUGGAGGCCCCACUUCCUGCACCGUGGGGCGGAUAUUACGAUGAUGAUGAAGAAAUCGCUCGACUGCAAAAUCUCGGCCAGACUUCAUUCCUGGUUGAACAAGCCGGUGUGGGUCUGGGACGAACGGAAAUGCUUAAAGUCUGGCUCAGUAUACGUAAGCUCUCCCUCAAACUGACGACCGUGGUCAAGCUACGCUUUUGGGGAAAAAUACUGUGUACACAUGGUGCCUACUACAUCGCAGAGGGAGAAUUCGAAGCAGGAGCAGAUCCGGAUCCGGGUGUGCCUGGGCCAUUUGAUGAUUGGCGUCCAUUUCCACCAAAGCAAGAGUCGACUGAACCACCUAAACUGAAGCACCGUGAGACAAGUGAGCACUCAGAGCCUGGUUCGGAAAGUGAACUACCAAUUGAUCGGCAAAAACUCAUGCUAGCCAGAGAAGCGGCUCUGGAAAAUUUGCCCAAAAACAAAUGGUGUCCUCGGGCCCCGGUACCACCGGAACCUCGUGGUCGGGGAACAAAUCGGUGGGACUAUUUUGCCUGUACUCGUCUUGGUUCGGAAGAGUGGUUCCGUUUACCCCCGGCUCGACCGGAACACAUCUGUCAUGCCCGGUACAUCCGGCGCUUAUUUGUGGGCAGACCGGAUGCGCCUGUGGCACGUUCACCCGGUGGGUUGGGUGACUUUCCGGGCCUGGAAGUGCAUUUACUUCGUGCCCAGAUUGCACGAAUCACGGCAGCCACGUGGAUUUCUCCAGUCGGUCUGUAUGAGAUUGAUGAAGAAGCCGAGUUGGAAGAAGGUGUAAGAUAUGCUCACUACUGUUUUAUGUGUACCUAA